AUGAGCCUCAUCAGACCCCUCCUCAGGUCAGCAGCCCUCCGCGCACCCAGGCCACUCCACGCCGCCGCCUCCAGGGCACCCCGACGCUCCCUCGUCACCCCGACCCACCCCGUCAACGCCACUGUCUCGAAUGUCACUGUUGAACACGUCAAGGAGGACCCCGCCGAGGCCGAGAGUGGCGAGCACCUCGCCUCUGCCCACCCCGAGUCUGGCGAAGAAAUGUUCGGUUUCAAGCUCAACCCCGUGUCCACCAAGACCGGUGGCAAUGCGAAAUCAGAAGGUCGUCCCAUCUAUCUCGACAUGCAGGCCACCACUCCCAUGGACCCCCGAGUCCUUGACAAAAUGCUCCCUCUAUUCACCGAGCAAUUUGGUAACCCGCACUCUCGUACCCACGCUUAUGGCUGGGAGGCCGAGAAGGCUGUCGAUGAGGCUAGACAGCACGUCGCCUCUUUGGUCGGCGCUCACGAGAAGGACAUUGUCUUUACAAGUGGUGCGACCGAAAGCAAUAAUAUGAUCAUCAAAGGCAUUGCCAAGUUCCACCAAGCCAAGAGAAGGCAUAUCAUUACCACCCAAACCGAGCACAAGUGUGUCCUCGACUCUUGCCGAUGGCUCUCUACGCAAGGCUUUGAAGUCACCUAUCUCCCUGUUCUUCCCAACGGUCUUGUAUCUCUUCAGGAGCUCAAAUCAGCUUUGCGACCAGACACAUCCCUCGUCUCUAUCAUGGCUGUCAACAACGAGAUUGGUGUGAUUCAGCCUCUCGCCGAAAUUUCUGCCACUAUCAAGGCGUACGCCAAAGAGAAGGGAAUCCCUAAGGCCAUGUUUCACACCGAUGCCGCCCAGGCCGUCGGAAAGAUCAACAUCGACGUUGAGGCUAUGGGUAUCGACGCCAUGUCUAUCUCUGGUCACAAGAUCUACGGACCCAAGGGUGUCGGCGCCGCGUAUGUCAGACGGCGACCUCGUGUCAGACUCGAGCCUCUUAUACACGGUGGUGGUCAAGAGCGUGGUCUCCGAUCCGGUACCGUACCUGCCCCUAUAGUGGUCGGUCUCGGUGAAGCUUGUCGGAUCGCCAAGAAGGAGAUGGCAGCGGACCACGAGAGGAUCAAGGAGUUGUCAGACAGAUUGAUCAACGGCAUCACCAGUCAAGUGGAUAUGAUUGUACGCAACGGUGAUCCUAGUGGAUACCCGGGUUGUGUCAACCUCAGUUUCUCAUAUGUCGAGGGCGAAUCGCUCUUGAUGGCUCUUAAAGAUAUCGCCCUUUCAUCUGGAUCAGCCUGUACCUCCGCCUCUCUUGAACCCUCAUAUGUCCUCCGAGCUCUCGGUGCGGCCGAAGACAUGGCCCACUCCUCACUUCGAUUCGGCAUCGGACGUUUCACCACCGAGGAGGAGAUUGACAUGGUCAUCGAAAGGAUUGUAAGCGUUGUCAACAGGUUGAGGGACAUGAGUCCUCUUUGGGAGAUGGUACAGGAGGGUAUUGAUAUCAGCAAGAUCGAGUGGAGCGCGUAA